CUCGGGCUGGACAUGGAAGAGCUGGAGGAAAUUGAGGAGGACGCCGGGCUCGGCUCGGGCAGUCGCUUGGAGUGCGUCAUCUUCAACCAGAAGAUCCGGGACGGGUGGCAGGUGGAAGAAGCUGACGACUGGCUCCGGCACGGCAACCCCUGGGAGAAAGCCCGUCCCGAGUACAUGCUGCCCGUCCACUUCUACGGCCGGGUGGAGCACGCCGCCACCGGCGCCAAGUGGGUCGACACCCAGGUGGUGCUGGCGCUGCCCUACGAUACCCCCGUGCCCGGGUACAUGAACAACACCGUCAACACCAUGCGCCUGUGGUCGGCUCGGGCACCCAACGACUUCAACCUGCGGGACUUCAAUGUCGGAGACUACAUCCAGGCUGUGCUGGACAGAAACCUGGCGGAGAACAUAUCCCGCGUCCUCUACCCCAACGACAACUUCUUCGAGGGGAAGGAGCUGCGGCUGAAGCAGGAGUACUUCGUCGUGGCUGCCACCCUCCAGGACAUCAUACGCCGCUUCAAAGCCUCCAAAUUUGGGAGCACAGACAGUGUCCGAACCGUGUUUGAUUCCUUCCCGGACCAGGUUGCCAUCCAGCUGAACGACACACACCCUGCCAUGGCCAUCCCUGAGCUGAUGAGGAUUUUCGUGGACAUUGAGAAGCUGCCGUGGAACAAGGCCUGGGACAUCACCAAGCGGACCUUCGCCUAUACCAACCAUACGGUGCUCCCUGAAGCCCUGGAGCGCUGGCCGGUGGACCUGGUGGAGAAGCUGCUCCCCAGACACCUGCAGAUCAUCUACGAGAUCAACCAGAGGCACCUGGAUCACAUCGCAUCCCUCUUCCCUAACGACGUGGACCGGCUGCGGAGGAUGUCCCUGAUAGAGGAGGGAGGCACCAAGAGGAUCAACAUGGCCCAUCUCUGCAUCGUCGGCUCCCACGCUGUCAACGGCGUGGCGAAGAUCCACUCCGAAAUAGUCAAGACUGAAGUCUUCAAGGACUUUGCAGUGCUGGAGCCGGAGAAGUUUCAGAACAAGACCAACGGCAUCACCCCACGGCGCUGGCUCCUGCUCUGCAACCCGGGGCUGGCAGAGCUCAUCGCAGAGGUAACGGCGCGGCGGGGAGGGCAAGGGGACCACAGGCCGGGGGCUGACGUGCUCCCUGCCAUAGAAUCACUUUGGUUGGAAAAGACCUUUAAGAUCAUCGAGUCCAACCUUUAACCUAACCCUGCCAUCCCACCACUACACCAUGCCCUCACCCAGGAGAACAAGGUGAAGUUCGCCCUCUACCUGGAGAAGGAGUAUGAAGUGAAGAUCAACCCUUCCUCCAUGUUCGACGUGCACGUGAAGAGGAUCCACGAGUACAAGCGGCAGCUGCUGAACUGCCUGCACGUCAUCACCAUGUACAACCGCAUCAGGAGGGAUCCCGCAGAGCUGUUUGUGCCGAGGACGGUGAUCAUUGGGGGCAAGGCUGCCCCAGGAUAUCACAUGGCUAAAAUGAUCAUCAAGCUCAUUAAUGCUGUGGCUCAGGUGGUGAACAAUGACCCCGUUGUGGGGAGCAAGCUGAAGGUCAUCUUCCUGGAGAACUACAGGGUCUCGCUGGCUGAGAAAGUGAUCCCUGCUACCGACCUGUCGGAGCAGAUCUCCACGGCGGGCACUGAGGCAUCGGGUACGGGGAACAUGAAGUUCAUGCUGAACGGGGCUCUGACCAUCGGCACCAUGGAUGGAGCCAACGUGGAAAUGGCCGAGGAGGCUGGAGAGGAAAACCUGUUCAUCUUCGGCAUGAGGGUGGAGGAUGUCACGGAGCUGGACAGGGAAGGGUACAACGCCCAGGAGUACUACGACCGGCUCCCCGAGUUGAAGCAAGCCAUUGACCAGAUCAAGAGCGGCUUCUACUCCCCAAAUGAGCCAGACCUCUUCAAAGACGUGGUCAACAUGCUCUUCCACCACGACCGGUUUAAAGUUUUUGCAGACUAUGAGGCUUACGUCAAAUGCCAAGAGAAGGUCAGCGAGCUGUACCUGAACUCCAAGGCAUGGACCAAGAUGGUCAUCAGGAACAUCGCCGCAGCCGGCAAGUUCUCCAGCGACCGCACCAUCAAGGAGUACGCCCGGGACAUCUGGCACGUGGAGCCUUCUGACCUGAAGAUCCCCCCACCCAACGAGCCCCGGGACACGGCGGAGGAAAAGACCCUGAACGGCACGGCAGCGGAGGGGAUGCUCCUGGGUGCCACCUGCGUGGUCCUGGCCCAGGAGCAGCACCCGGAUGGCAGCAGCAGCUCCGUCCCCUGA